AUGGCUCGUACAAAACAAACUGCACGUAAAUCAACUGGUGGUAAAGCUCCACGAAAACAAUUAGCAACAAAAGCUGCACGAAAAUCAGCUCCAGCUACAGGUGGUAUUAAAAAACCACAUCGUUUUCGUCCAGGUACAGUUGCUCUUCGUGAAAUUCGUCGUUAUCAAAAAUCGACUGAAUUACUUAUUCGUAAAUUACCAUUUCAACGAUUGGUUCGUGAAAUUGCACAAGAUUUCAAAACAGAUCUUCGAUUUCAAUCAUCAGCUGUUAUGGCUUUACAAGAAUCAUGUGAAGUAUGUUAA